UUAACCCGGAAGCAGUGGAGUGUUAUUAUGCUAAUGAUGUGUCAUCAGGACUGAGGGUGGGAAGUUUAGGGAAAAAUAAGAGCGGCGGGCAGUGGUUUGUACCUGUCUAGGGGGUAGUAUAGGACAUUUAGAAAAUCCUUUCUUUGUGACAACGCUGUCAUAAAGUUGUCGCGAUAGCAGGAGUGUAAAACUGGGCGCUUUUCUUCCACAACUGGACUGUUAGCAGCAAAGCUAACAGGCUGUUUCUCAUCUUCUUGGGUCCGGACGGGACGGAAGAGGGAUGUCCUGCAGCUUAUUUGAGUUCUGUCGGCUUCAAGAGUUCAAAACGGUCCGGGACUUCUUGUUUCGGAACGAGAAAAGCGAGCCGGUCGAAGAAAAGAGUCAAACAGAAGAUAAUGAGCUGUCUUGGGACACCUCUGACUGGGAGUCGGCAUGGGAAGGUGGUGAUAAUAAAGAGGAGGAAUCCACCUCUGAUAAAAAGGUUGCGGAUGAUGCUGGCGGGCAGGGUGAACCGUGGCUGCAGGACUGUGUCGUGUCCCUGUCGCCCUGCGCUGACCUGCUGGUGGUGGCCCGUGAACAGAAAGCAGCCUUUCUCUCAGCUAAAUGGCGCACAGAUGACAGCGGCAGAGAAGAGAUGACUCUGGGAGUAUCUUGGACUGGAACUCUUAGCACUGAGGAAGGAGAGUGUGUGAGCAGCACCAUUUGUAUUCCCUUGGCAAGUCAGAAGAGGAGCUCCACCGGGCGGCCUGACUGGACAUGUGUAGUCGUGGGUUUCACAUCUGGUUAUGUCCGUUUCUACACUGAGAGCGGCGUUCUGCUCCUUGCCCAGCUGCUACACGAGGACCCGGUACUGAGGCUCAAGUGUCGCACGUACGAGAUCCCUCGCCAUCCUGGAGUAACUGAGCAGCACGAGGAGCUGAGCAUCCUCUACCCUGCUGCUAUGGUCACCAUAGAUGGAUUCAGCCUCUUUCAAUCUCUGCGGGCCUGCAGGAAUCAGGUGGCAAGAGCUGCAGCAGCAGGUAAUGAUGUGAUCCAGCCUCCUCCUCUGGCCUAUAAGAAGUGGGGUUUGCAGGAAAUGGACACCAUUGUGGACCACAGCAGCGUGGGCAUCAUGACACUGUGUGUCUUUGACCAAAUGAAGAAUGCUUCUAUCCUGGGGGGAUUCAACGCCUCAGUCAAAGGCAGCCCCCCCGCCAUGAGCCAGUAUGUCACUGUAGGAUCUGGGCCAUACACGGGCUUUUACUACGCUAUAGAGGGGAGUUCUCAGCCUCUGCUGUCCCACGUGGCUAUGGCAGUGGCCAGUAAACUCACCUCAGCCCUCUUCAGUGCUGCCAGCGGGUGGUUGGGAUGGAACAAAAACAAGAACGAAGAGGAGGCUCCCCAGAAACAGAAGCCCAAGGUGGAGCCUGCCACCCCUUUAAGUAUCAGAUUUGGUCUCCCAGACUCUCGGCGGCAUGGCGAGUCGAUAUGUCUGUCCCCAUGCAACACGCUGGCUGGAGUGACUGAUGACUUUGGCCGAGUCACACUGCUGGACUUGGCCAGGGGCAUCGCCAUUCGCAUGUGGAAAGGUUACAGAGAUGCCCAGUUGGGUUGGCUGCAGGUUCCAGAGGAGCGUAGCGAGCGGGAUUUAUCCCCCUCGGCAUCCCUCCCCAGACGCCACGCUCUGUUCCUCAUCAUCUACGCCCCUCGUAGGGGGAUCCUGGAGGUUUGGGCAAUGCAACAGGGGCCUCGGGUUGGAGCUUUCACUGUAGGGAAACAUUGCAGGUUGCUGUAUGCUGGUUACCGUCUGAUGGGGGUGAACAGUGUGACCAGUCAGGGUUGGCAGCUCCACACACAGCAGGUGUGUCUGCUUGAUCCAAUCACAGGAGCUCUGAGGACUGUGAACAUUCCCUUCCACCUUGCCCUCAGUGAUAAGAAGAGCGAGCGAGCCAAAGAUAUGCACCUGGUAAAGAAACUCACUACCCUACUAAGGAGCCGAGACACUGAGCUUGAUAUAUUGGAGAGUGAAGCCAGAAGCAUCUUACUAGAUAUCAAACACCCUGCAGUUAAGAAGCAGGCACUGGAGUCUCUUCUGUCAAAUAAAAACACUCCUGUCUCUUGUCUUGUUAACAUCACACGUGCCUUAGAUGACACUUUGAAACGGCAAGAGCCUGAGGAAGUGGAUGCUGGGUUACUUCAGCUCUGCUCAUCACAGCUCAAACUACUGCAGCUCUACACAGACAUCCAGCAACUGCAUUCUGCCACAGAUGUCGAGGAAAGCGCUGAAAAUGACUCCCUGGAAGGCAUAGAGGAGGAAUUGUCCCGUGUUGCACCCACCUUGCAGCGCUAUGCCCAGUUCACACCAAGACCCAGUGUUUCGUUUGCCCAGGACUCGCCUGACUCCCCCCUGCCUGCUCAGGCUUUUCUCUCCCAGUUGGAGUGCACAGAGGAUGAGGAGGUUAAGGUGAUCCGUAGGUCUGAAACUGAAUGGAACCAGUUGGGAAACUUCUUGUUCUGGAGUUGUCUGUGUGGAAAAAGUCCACUCCAUAAAGUCUGUUACACACUACAGCAGGCCGGCAUCAGCCCACAGCAGCUUCUGUCUUUGCUGUUGAGUGUGUGGUUGCAUCGGGAGAAGGAGGUGCUACAGAAACCAGAGGAAAAUGUUCGAAACCUCCACAGACUACUUGUCGCCCUCAGCAAUAUGAAAGGUGCAGUCGAGGAGUCAUGGGACCCACAGUCUAUCUCCCCCUGGUGGCAGCAAGUCCGCACUACAUGUGUUCAGUCCCACAACGCUGCCGCUGCCCUGCUGGCUGCACUGGUCACUCACCGUGCUGCUAAAGCUAGCAUCACAAGCCGAGCUGAUAGCAAGUUUCAGUCAGAGUGGGAGGCAGUGUCACUGGAGUUGGAGCAGUGGGUGGUGUGUGUUCGCCAGCUGGAAGACGUGCUGGUGCUGCAGACUCUGCUGUUGGUGCCUCCUCCACCAGGAGCAACAGGGGGCGCUACAGUUCAGUGCUCUAUUAAAACAUUGCUGGAGGGAGGCACAGGCGGUAUUGCCGACAGUGUCUCUAAGUGGGUGUUUAGACAAGACAUUUCCCCAGAGCGGCUGAAGGAAAUCCUCCAGAAAAGGGGAAAUAAAGAAGCAGAUGACAAUGUGGAGCAGAGAGACGAAGAAGAAAGACAUGAGAAGGAGAAAAGCCAAGAGGACACAGACAGGACAGCAGAGUUGCUGUUAGCGCUAUGCCAGCGGUUCCCACACUCUCUCUCACCUGAUUUUCUCUUCGCCCACUGCUGCUGGGAGUAUGUGGUGCAGUGGAACAAAGACCCAGAGGAGGGUCAAUAUCUCUGCUGGUCUGUGGAACAUUUGAAGAUGGUCUCCAGUCCUCAUAUUCAGCAAGGAGUUUGUACGAUGAUGUGGAGCACAUUCAUUGUCAAGCGUUUCUCAGCAGCAACCUUUCUCAUGGAGAAAGUGGGGAAAGCACCCAAAGAUCGCUUGUGUCGACGGGAUGUUGGGAUGGGAGACAAAGCGAUGACGUCCUUCCUGGGCUGCUGCGUCCAGCUGCUGAAUAUCCUCAUGGAGGCGGACUCAGCGGUGGAGGAGGUUUCUGCCCCAGAGUUGUCCAUCGAGGAGGCGUGGUCUGGAGCCGAGGGCCCAGCUUCCAUUGCUGAACUUGCCCUGGAGCAAAAAGGUGUUCACUACCCGCUGGUCCAGCACCACUGCCUGUUAGCAUCCCUGCUACAUGCUGCUAUGACCUUCAGUGUCAAGGUCAAACCAUUCAGCCUUUUUGAUAGCAAGGGUAAGAAUGCUUUCUUCAGAGACCUGACGACCAUCCAGCUGAUGCCCAGCGGAGAUAUGGACCCAGGUUUGGUCUCUGUGCGACAGGAGUUCCUCCUGCGGGUACUGACCGGUUGGGUUCAGGCUAUAGAUGAUCCCUCCAGCUCCACCCCACUUCCUUCAAGCGGGCCCAGAGCCGAGUGGUGGCCCUCGCUGUGUUUAGAGCUUGGCUCUCUGCUGCAGGUCAACCCAGACAUCCUGCGGCGGCAUCUCGUCUGCGAGCUCUACAGCCAAGGACUGGAUCUUCGGGCAGAAGAGGUGAUGUUAGAGGUGGAAGAUAAGGAUGUUUUGGGCUCCCAGCUGUUGGUGCUGACAGGUCAGAGGCUGAGCUACUCACUUCUUCACAGCCAGAACCAGACGCAGGCCGCCAUGGAGCUGCUGGCCCGCCUGCCCCCCCUCUGCACGUGGCUGAAGGCAAUGGACCCACAUGAGCUGCGGUGUCCCCUGAUCCCGCUGCCCCAGACCAGCCGACUGGUCGGUCGUCUGAUCGAGAUACUGCCAGAGAACCACGCUCAGUACAGUCUGGCCCUCCACCUGCUGGAGGCUGUAGAGGUCCUCACCACAGAGGACUGAGGGGUGGAUGCUGCAGAUAGUUGGAAUGUGAGAGACUGUCAGAGAGGAAGAGGAUAAAGUACUUUCUCACCCCCGUUUGGAUGUUUUGUUGUUCUGCUGAGUAAUCAUAGGUGGUGUUAAACACGGUGGAUUCAGAGGCUUUUAAUCGUUUUUUUUAAUCCAUCUUAUUUCCCUGCAUGUGACAGCAAAUGAGAUUAAAUAUUUGUGUUAGUACUCACGUUAAAGUCAGACACCCUGUGUGCCAUGUCAGACGACGACUCCUCUUCGUCACAGAUCAGAAAUGUAUUAGCAAGAAAAAUGGACCUGAUUUUUUUAUUUAUAUAUGCAGACUGAACUUUAAUAGCUGUGCCUGUACACCAGCUGCUCCCACACAGAAUAAACAUGCUUCUUAAAGCUUAGAGAACACGAGUCUGUGAAUACCCGUUCUUUAUUUUUUCAUUUAUAAUUCAGACAACUUUGAAUUCUUUAAGUUUACAAGGAACACAAGCUAUGAUACAAAGGAGAAGUACCCACCAGCAUCAGUUUGCUGUCACACAGUGACUCUCUGUAGUGCAUUCUUUCCCAUACAGUAAAAGGAGCAACUAAAUCAAACACUCAUAUUUCUCCUCUGGUUUGUGGAGCCAUUUAAUCACAUGGAUUUGACAUCUGCCUUCCCCAGAAUAUGACAGAUCUAAACAGGGAAAUACAUUUUUGAAAAAGAAAA